AUGCCGCUCUUGACAGGUGCGGAUAAUCAAACCGUUGUCCCGAUCUACAUCGACGGGAAGGCACUCCCACUAGACCCAAGUCGCCUGAUCGCCGUGCGCUCGGCGCACGAGCAGCGAGACGUCCACUAUGCGCAGGGCGCAACGGCUGAGAUCGCGCACGAGGCCGCCGCUGUCGCGUACCGCGCCUUCAAGGAGUGGCGGAACAUGACAUUCCACUUCCGUCGAGACCUUCUCCUCCGCGUCGCGCAGAACAUAGAAGCGCGCGAGAAGGAUUUCAUCGCUUUGCAGCGUCAAGAGACGUCCUGCGCGGAGUCCUGGGCGCGCUUUAACAUCGGUCUCGCGUGCAGGGCGAUCCGCGAGAUCGCGUCGCACAUUUCGGCCGAGUGCACCGGCGAGCUGCCGCCGGGGGAGAGCAGCUCCGCGUUCUGUAUGGUUUUCAAGGAGCCCGUGGGCCCGGUGCUGGCGAUUGCUCCCUGGAAUGCCAGUAUGGUACUUGCCGCGCGCGCGCUGGCGGCGCCAAUUGGGGCUGGGUGUACGGUGGUGUUUAAAGCUUCGGAGCUGUCGCCGGGGGUUCACCAUGCCCUAGUCGAAGCCUUUGUCGAAGCUGGGCUCCCGAAUGGAGUGCUCAAUCAGCUUCAAGCCCGACGAGAAGAUUCCCCGGCCGUCACGGAGGCGCUGAUAUCGGACCCGGCGAUUCGAAAGGUCGAGUUCACUGGGAGCGCGGCUGUUGGGGCGAUUAUCGGCCAGCUGGCAUCCAAAUAUCUGAAACCGGUGCUCAUGGAGCUGGGUGGGAAGGCUCCAGCGAUCGUAUUGAAAGAUGCGGACCUCGAACGAGCGGCCCAACUAUGUGCUGUGGGUGCAUUUCUCCACCACGGCCAGAUAUGCAUGUCGACUGAACGGAUUAUCGUGGUUCGCGAUGUGGCAGCUGAGUUUUCUGCCGCGUUGAAACGUGCAGUGGAGAAACAGCAUGUGGACGGUGCAGGGUUCGCCGUGUCCACGGGAGUUGCGAAACGUGCACACUCGCUGGUAGCUGACGCAGUGCAGAAUGGAGCCUCUUUCGUGGCCGGGAGCAACCAAUGGAAUGGAGACAGCAAUGCGUCUCUCGAGCCCACAAUCAUCACCGGUGUGACAGCGAAGGACGCGAUCUAUGCCGACGAGACUUUUGGUCCGUCAGCGACUCUGUACGUGGCCGAAGACGAGGACGACGCUAUUAGGCUCGCAAACGAUACCCCGUAUGGCCUGAAUGCUGCGGUUCACAGCAAGGACAUGUUUGCUGCGCUCAGGGUAGCACAACAGCUAGAAUGUGGACAAGUCCAUAUCGGUACCAUGACAGAGUAUGAUGAAUCAACCGCGCCGAUUGGCGGGGCGAAAGGAAGCGGUUGGGGACGAAAUAAUGGGAAAUAUGGCCUUAGGGAGUUCUUGGUGACAAAAACGAUAUCAUUGCACGAUCCAUCUGCGCAAGCAGUAUUUGGAUCUCGUUGA